AUGAAUUCUGUUGAUAAAUCAAUUGCGCAAAGUAUCGUUUUCUUUGAUAAUGCUAUUGAUGUUUGGAACGAGCUUAAGGAACAUUUUUCGCAAGGUGAUUACAUUCGAAUUUCUGAAUUACAAUGUGAAAUCUAUAGCAUGAAGCAAGAUUCACGCUCUGUUUCAGAAUUUUUCACUACUUUAAAGUCUCUAUGGGAAGAACUCGAAUCAUACUUUCCUACUCUUGUAUGCUCGUGUCCAAUGCAUUGUAUCUGUAACACUGGUAUACGCAAUGCUAAGCAUCAGCAUGAAGUUACUCGAUCUAUUCGUUUUUUGACUGGUUUAAAUGAUAACUUCGAUUCAGUGCGCGCUCAAAUCUUGUUGAUGAAUCCUUUACCUGCCAUUAAUCGUAUUUUUUCGAUGAUUAUCCAACAAGAAAGGCACUAUAAUUCCAAUCACUAUGAUGACUCGAAAGUGCUUGUGAAUGCUAGUGACAGUCGAAAGCCACAAGGCCGUGGACGUGGCUAUUCAUCUGGUUCGAGCUCAUCUAGCUCAGGUAAUAGGUCGAACAGUUUCGGUGCAAAGAACAAAGAGUGUUCCUUUUGUGGUAAAACCAAUCACAUUGUUGAGAAUUGUUAUAGGAAGCAUGAGUUUCCUCCACACUAUGGUAAAUCUAAUGCUUCAACCAACAAUGCUUCUCAAGAGGAGAGGGAAGAUGUUGGUGACAAUCAAGGCUCUUCUUCUAAUGCUGGUAAUCAAGGAUCUUCCUCCACUCAAGUCAAUAUUGCUAGUGGACAUGUUACUUUAGGUAACUUAGUUUGCACUUUGCACAGUAGUCCUGGUCAAUGGAUUAUUGACACAUGUGCAAGUGAUCAUAUUUGCUCUUCUUUCGAUUACUUCAGCUCCUACAAAUCUAUCAAACUAAUCAGUGUUAAGUUGCCUAAUGGACAAGUUUCCAUUGCAAAUUAUUCUGGUUCAGUGAAAUUUUCUUCGAUUUUCACCAUUUCACAUGUGCUUUUGGUACCUGAUUUCAAUUUGAAUUUGAUCUCUGUUCCUAAACUUGGCCUUGAUAACCAUUUCCUUGUGUCUUUUGAUAAUAAUAAAUGUUUGGGUAUGCUCAAUGGAGGAUUGUGUUACUUUAAUCAGAACCAAGUUCAGCCUAAUUCAACUACCAUUGCUUCUUCUCAAGUUACUCCUUCUCAUGUCAUUCUUAAAGAAGCCUUAUGA